AGAAAUGCUUACCCUCCGCCCCAACCUAGACCUAAAAGGGAACCAGACUUGGUUUGUGAAACCCUUUGCCGGGGCCAGAGCCAGCACAUUCACUUCGUUCUUCCUAAAAAUACUAUUACGGCGGAUGUGGUGAGGCUGGCUCACCCUGAGAGUGUCUGGGUGCCUAUUUCCCCAGAGCCAGCUGGUGACUGCCCCUGACUGACCAUGGCCCUCCUAGCCCUGGGCCUGGACCUCCGGAGCCUCCUGGGCCUUUUCCUCUUCCAACUAAUGCUGCUGCUGCUGCCGCCAACAACCACAAAGGGUAGUGGGCAGGAGCCUGUGGCCAGGGUCAGAUACCAUGCAGGGGAUGGACGCAGGGUGCUUAGCCUCUUCCAGCAGAAGGACCUCCAGGAUUUUGACAUUCUGCUCCUGAGUGAUGAUGGAAACACUCUCUAUGUGGGGGCUCGAGAGGCCAUUCUGGCCUUGAAUAUCCAAGAUCCAGGGGUCCCAAGGCUGCUCAACAGGAUAUCCUGGCCAGCCAGUGAGAAGAAAAAGACUGAAUGUGCCUUUAAGAGGAAGAGCAAUGAGUCACAGUGUUUCAACUUCAUCCGUGUCCUGGUCUCUUUCAAUGCCACCCAUCUCUACGCCUGCGGCACCUUUGCCUUCAGCCCUGUGUGUACCUUCAUUGAACUCAAAAAUUCCAACCUUAUGCCCAUCUUGGAGGACAAUGUCGUAGAGGGGAAAGGCCAAAGCCCCUUCAACCCAGCCCACAAGCACACGGCUGUCGUGGUGGAUGGGAUGCUGUAUUCUGGCACCAUGAACAACUUCCUGGGCAGUGAGCCCAUCCUGAUACGAACACUGGGCCAUCCUGUCCUCAGGACCGACACCUUCCUCAGCUGGCUGCAGCCAGACGCCUCCUUCGUGGCAGCCAUUCCUUCGACCCAGGUCGUCUACUUCUUCUUCGAGGAAACCGCCAGCGAGUUUGACUUCUUCGAGAAGGUCCGCAGUUCCCGAGUGGCCCGAGUCUGCAAGAACGACGUGGGCGGCGAGAAGCUGCUGCAGAAGAAGUGGACCACCUUCCUGAAGGCCCAGCUGCUCUGCGCGCGGCACGGGCAGCUGCCCUUCAACGUCAUCCGUCACGCAGUCCUGCUGCCUGCCAGUUCCUCCUCAGUUUCCUACGUUUACGCAGUCUUCACCUCCCAGUGGCAGAUGGGUGGGACCAAGAGCUCUGCCGUCUGUGCCUUCUCUCUUAUGGACAUCGAGAAGGUCUUUGAGGGGAAAUACAAGGAGAUGAACAAAGAGACUUCGCGCUGGAUUACUUACAUGGGGUCUGAGCCCAGCCCCCGGCCAGGCAGCGUUUAUGCCUUUACCAAAAACUUCCUUUGGGAGGAAGUGAAAUGCUCAGUGGGCCCCUCCUCUGAUAAAGCCUUGACCUUCAUGAAGGACCAUUUCCUGAUGGAUGGGCAGGUGUUGGGGACACCCGUGCUGGUGAAGUCUGGUGUGGAGUACACACAGCUUGCAGUGGAGACAGCCCAGGACCUUGAAGGGAACAGCCAUCUGGUCAUGUACCUGGGCACCACCACAGGGUCCCUCCACAAGGUGGUGGUAAGCAACAACAGUGACGCUCGUUUGGUGGAGGAGAUCCAGCUGUUCCCUGCCCCCGAGCCUGUUCGAAACCUGCAGCUGGCCUCUACCCAGGGCGUGGUGUUUGCAGGCUUCUCAGGUGGCGUCCAGAGAGUCCCCCGAGCCAAUUGUAGCAUCUAUGAGAGCUGUAUGGACUGUGUCCUUGCCCAGGACCCCCACUGUGCCUGGGACCCUGAGUCUCAAACUUGCCGCCUCCUGCCCAGCCCUGUCCUGAGCUCCUGGAAGCAGGAUGUAAAGCGAGGGAACCCAAAGUGGGCAUGUGCCACCGGCCCCGUGGGCGGGAACCACCAGCCUCAGACCCGCCCCCAGAUCAUUAAAGAAGUUCUGGCUGCCCCCAACUCCAUCUUGGAGCUCCCCUGCCCCCAUCUCUCAGCCCUGGCCUCUUACCGCUGGAGUCACGGGAUAGCAGCAGUCCCAGAAGCUUCUUCCACCAUCUACAAUGGCUCCCUCUUGCUGCUGCUGCAGGAUGGGGUGGGGGGUCUCUACCAGUGCUGGGCCACUGAGAGUGGCUUCUCCUACCCCGUGGUCUCCUACUGGGUGGACAGCCAGGACCAGCCCCUGGCCCUGGACCCUGAACUGGCGGGCAUUCCCCGGGAGCGCGUGAAGGCCUCACUGGCCGGGGUCGGUGGUGGGGCUGCCCUGGCUGCCCAGCGGACCUACUGGCCCCAGUUCCUCACCGUCACUGUGCUCCUUGCCUUAGUGCUUUUGGGAGCCCUCAUCUGCUUCGUCGCCUCCCCAUUGGGGGCACUCCGAGCCCGGGGAAAGGUCCAGGGCUGUGAGGCCCUGCCCCCCAGGGAGAAGGCCCCACUAAGCAAGGAGCAGCCCCUCAAGUCCCCCAAGGAACACAGGACCUCUGCCAGUGACGUGGACACUGACAACAACCACCUGGGCACUGAGGUGGCAUAAACUCUGGGCACAGGCUGGAGCUGGUGGGUAGGUCAGGGUGCCUGGCCCUGCUGGCUGGGGACCUGGACAAUGCAGCCCUGGUCCGGGUGAGAGUAGCACAAAAGACCUCCUCUUUCUUCUGUGAGAGGAGCUUCUCUUGCCACUCCGUGCUACUGAUAGCACCCAGCAGUGGGACUCCCUUCUACCAAGCACAUGGAGCCAAGGCUCUCCAACCAGGGCUGCCCCAGACUUGGAUCCAGGCUAUGAUAGGAAGACCCAGAGAGGAUCCUUCAGUUCUGACCAUUUCAGAGACCCUCCAGAAACAUACUGCUCCAAGAGACCCUAAAACCCGACUGUUCCAGGACCCAUGGCAAAAAACAUCAACCAGCUAAACCACCAUAAUGCGCCACUUCUGGGGACCUCAUUCUGAAAGCAGCUACCGCUUUGGACAUGAACAUUCCCCUCUCAGGGGUCUCUAGGGUUUUGCAGGGAGCGGCCCCUUGCUGCUCCCUUUACAAUCCAUGCACCGCUGACUCCCAGGAAGUCUUUCCUGGAGUCUGACCACUUUCCUUCCUGCUUCAUUUGGAGCGGAUUUUGAUCCCUUCUGCCCUGGCUUGAAUGGCAGGGGUAAUCUGAGCCUUGUUCACUCCUCUACCCUGGCUGACCCCUUGACCUCUCUCUUCCUCUUCUCUUCCCUUUGUUUUGGGAUUCAGAAAUCUGCUUGUCACAGUUUAUUUUUUAUUAAAAGACAAAGCUUAU